AUGCCACAUCAGCAACAGCUCCACCCGUUUUCCUCGGAUUCUCCCCCCUCGCUCCUCCACCCGUCCUCCCCCCUUCCCUGGAGCUCCCUUGAGCAGAUAUCAGCGUCGUUCCAAUGGGCAGGCAAAGAAAGUUUUCUGCCCAAGUGGAUCCACAUCUUCUCCCUCUCUCCCUGCCUCCAACACGCUUCCUUCCUGUUCCUCUCCUCCUUCCUCCUCCUUGCCACCCUCUCCCACAUACUCAUCCUUCCCAAACCUAAUCCCGAACCUAGUCCCAAGCCAGACUACCAGCCCCGUAGAGCACAGAAUGGUGGGGAGAGACCAGCAGGUACGGUGGAGAGGGGUGAGAAGAGAGCGAAGGAACGGAGGCAAGGCAGGGAAGGUGGGAAUGGGGAGAGAGGAGAGGAACGAUGGGAAGGCAGGGAGCAGGAGACCGGAGAGGUGUGGCGUGCAGGCAUGCUGUUCUGGCCGGAGCUCCUUUUCUCUCUCGCUGCUUCUAUCUGCUGGGCGGGGCUGCUUAUAUGGGAGAUGUUUUCCGCCUUGUCGGCAACAGGCCACGUCCUUGUAUUGCCCCACGAGCUGGCAUACGCAGCAGGGCAGGCAGUCACAUAUGCGCUGGCAGCAGUGGUCCUGCUGCUCUUCCAGAGAAGGCGUGAUGUGACUGUUGUUGGGUCGGCGCGCGUGUGGCUGUUUCAGAACUCUGUGCUCAUGCUGCUGCUGUCCAUGCCGCAGCAGCAGCACGGGCACAAGCAACUGCAGCACCCGAACAACCAGCAGCAGCACCGCUCCUCCAUUCUCCCCCGUUUCAUCACCAGCACCACCAGCAGCAUCAGCAGCAACAGAAUGCCCUCAGUAGCCCGUGCGCUGCUAGCUUGCUUCUGGCGCCCCCUCCUCACCACAGGCCUACUGGUGCUGCUCAAGUGUGCAGUGAUGUACGCGGGCCCGCUGCUGCUCUCGCACUUUGUGGGCGUCGCUGCGGGCAAGCAGUGGUUUCAAGGCGAGGGCGUGGCGCUGGUGGCAGUGCUGCUGCUGGCCAAGGCAACUGAGACGGCCGUGGGGCACCAGUUCAACUUCCAGACGCAGGCCCUGGGUCUGGACAUUCGAGCAGCACUGGUGGGAGCGCUGUACCACAAGGGCUUGCGGCUGUCAAGCAGAGCGAAGCAGCGGCACACGGUGGGCGAGGUGGUGAAUUACAUGUCGACAGACGUGCAGCGCCUGGCGGACCUCAUGCUGCAGCUGCACAACGUGUGGGUGCUACCCCUCCAGAUCAGCAUCGCGCUCCUUAUCCUCUUCCAUGUGGUGGGGGCGAGCAUGGUGGCGGGGCUGGCAGUGAUGGUGGCGGCGCUGCUGCUGAACCUCCUCAUAGCGGCCUCGCUGCGCGCCACAGUGGCGAGCAUCCUUAAAGCCAAGGACCGCCGCAUGAAGGCCACGUCGGAGGCGCUCUCCUCGAUGCGGGUCAUCAAGCUCUACGCCUGGCAGCCCUUCUUCGAAAAUCAAAUCAAAUCUCUGCGCGCUGCCGAGGCCGGUUGGCUGGCAAG